AUGAGUUUUGUGGGGACGGGCAACACAUUUCGAAAAUCUAGUCUGACGGAGAGCUUAAAAGAUGGAUCACAGUUACUUUGCAACCGCACAUCGAGCGGUUUGACUGUUGGCGAUAGCAAUCUCUAUUCCGUAACGGAGGUGGAGAAUGAGUCCCCUGCUUUUCCAAGCAAGCAGCCAGACAAUUCAGCCAAGUUGGCUGCUCUAAAGAGACGCAGUUACGCUGUCAAUGCAUUAUAUAAGAAUGUCAUGAAUAAACGAAAUUCGACAGGAAUAUGUACUAUAGAACAUAAUCAUCUUUCAAGUGAUCUGAGACGUCAUGGAAAGACUGAUAACGGAAGAGUACGUUCCAUUGCUAGUACUACGUCCACUAUAAGCCUCACAGCUAAUAGCGAUGGUCAGCAUAAUCCGAAGAUGAGAAAUCCCAUUGAUCAUUAUGAACAAAAUAUGAAUUUUGCGCUGAGACCAAAAAGUUCAAGUACUGCUGAUCUUGUUGCCACUCAGCAACUUGAACUGCCAGUAAGAUCGCAAUCGGGUUUAAAUUUACGAACAAUACCUGCUACAAGAAGCAGAGUGGGGAGCAAAUUGUGGCAAAGUCGUAAUUUUAGCGAUAACGAAAGAAAUGAGAUUAAUGAUGAUAAUGAAGAGCACUCAUCUCACAACAAGGAUAUUAUAUCAGGCGAAAUUGCUAACGCUCUCAGUGAUGAUAUUAUGCAUGCGGAAGUCUCCUUUGACAACAAAUGGGUGGAUAGUGCUACAUUAGACAAUUUUGCAGAUCACGUAAGUCAAACGAGCUCGAACCAAUCGCCUCGCACAAAGGAACCAACGCAUCGUCGCAAUUCGAGUAACAUUUCACGUCGUGAUUCCAUCAUUUUAGAAGAUUUUGAAAGAGAUUUGAAUCAAACUAACAGCAAAGCUACUGGUGGCUCCGAAGAGAAAAUACUUAAGAACUCGUCUAGAUUGCAGCUUAAGCUGAAUACAAUGAAAAUGAAAUAUGACAAUUUUAACGACGAGUGGAGUUCUUCAACCGUGACAGUUUCGAAUCAAUCCCCAAAUGAAACAGAUGACUCUAAAAUGACGAAAGUUCAGAUGAAAUACUGGAGUACAAAUAUUGAUGUUAAAACUAAAAUUUUGUCAGAAAAAAUCUCAAGGGAGCUGCAGUCGGUGAGAAGGACUGCGAUAGACGACAGCAUUGCAAGUGGAAAACUACUCUCAACCAGACUGAAGUUAAUUGUCAAGGAGAAAUAUCACAGGGACCAGAAAGUAGAUCUGAUAACGAACGUCAUUCCCCCAUCGCCACCGGUACUGAGAACCGUAAACAGUCUUCACAGUGAUGUCUUGUUCUCAAAGCUUUUUGAAAGUACGAAGAAAGGUGCGAAAGAAGAUGAUCCAUUCCACGAGAAAAUCUCGCAGACCCUAUCCGAUGAUGACUUAAAAGAAUCGCUUUUCAGUGGCCGGGCAUAUACUAGGAAAAUGUGGUUGGAAAUUGAGAAUAUAGAGUUCACUUAA